ACAAACCAACAUGGCGACGGUUUCAAAAUCUCCCUUGCCUCCGAUGCCUCCACGUCCUCAGAGCGUUCCGUUGCUCCGACAGACCAUGUCUCCUGAGCCAUCGAACGUCAAGGCUUCACCUAUUAGAUCAAAGACACCAUUGGUAAGAAAACGUUCUCGCUGUUAUCCCGAUUUAGUUCGCAGCGGUUCCACUUACUCAACCGUUUGUAGCGAGCUUUAAUAUACCUACUGUAUUUUGCUCGCUCUGGACGUACUACAAAUGCGAUUACUCUAAAAAGAAACCUGUUGAUUAGUUAAUUUUCUAAAAUUCUUUUAUUCACCGGGAUGAAGGGCUGCUUUUUCAUGUGAUGGAAGAAACUUACUCGAGUUUGUUAUUAUUAUAACGAUCAUCCAACGACUUGAUACAAUUAAGCUAAAUUUUAUAAGCGUAAAAAUAUGAAUUUAAAUAAGCGUGUCUGUCGUUGCACCUGCUUGGAAAUUGCAUAAGUUAAUUUAGUGUAAAGCUGUGAAGUUGGACGAAUCCUGUAGCUACAAAAGGAAGUCUCCUUUUUCAACCUGAUGAACGAAUUGGAGAAAGCCCAGUGGAAUGGAAGUAAGAACUUGCGUUACACGAAAUAAACAUUCGUUAUUUCUGUGUUUGGACAAAUUGUCAAAAAUAAUUCACCGUAGUAAUAGGUUUUUCUUGCUGAUUAGUCGAUCUUCUGAUACUCAAAUAUGGAAAAUAUGUGAAUUAUUGGCACAUAAUGCAAAAUUUACACGUAGAGCUAAACGCAUGCAGUCUCAGAAAGCUUAUUGAAAAUAUUAUUUUCUGAUCUGGUAACCACCAAAAGCUGUUUGAAUUUAAAUAUUUGACUGUCUUGCGGAAAGAGUAAUCCUUGCCUUUGUUUUGACUCUCUUUAUGAUCCUAAGCUAUGAAACCAUGUUAAGCCGAAAAAAAAUUUAAAGUGUUGCCUUUAAUACUUGGCUCUCAAUAAGGGAAAACAUGACUACAAAGUAAGCUGUAAUUGUGUAUUAGAACUAUGGCAAUUUCUCAUCUCUACCAUGAUAAAGGGUAGUUGAUCCUUUACCCAUAAUUUGGUCACAAUUUACAGCUGUAGGAAGUAUCAGGACUCCUUUCUCAAAACAUCUCUGAACAUUGCUAAAUUUAAGAUGUCUCAUUUUGAAUUUUGAGGGUUUGCUUGCGUAUUUUUUUGUAGUAGUUUGUGUUGGUAAACAUUCAAUCCUUGAGGGUUUUAAACAUAAAAAAUUCAUUGCUUGACAGUGUAUUGAAAAUAACUGAUAAUUUUGGAUAAAUUGUAAGUUGCAAAUCGAUAUGUAAAAUUAAGUAUUGUUGAUACAUGGAUAUAUGUGCCAUCUCAGUACCCUGUAACCUAACUCUCUUGUCUGAGCUUCAUACAUGUACUCUUAUGGAAUCACAUGGAAAAGUUGACCUUUUGAUCUUUUCAGUGAUUAUUAUUUUAUUCUGUCUUAAAGCAUUAGCUACAGUGUACAACUCUACACUCUAUAUGUACCACUAUACAGGUAGUAUAUAGUACAUAGAGUAUAAGGCAAGUACCGUAUUUAUUUGAAUAAGCGCCCAACGUUGAAUAAGCACCCACCUCGAAUAAGCGCCCAUCCUAAAGGCAGAAAAAUUUAGUAAGUGCCCGCCCCCUCCCCCUUCCAAUCAAACUUAAAUAAGCGCUCACCCCCACCCCACCCACUCGAGUGAAUAAAAUCUAAUAAGAGACUUACCUGAGGACGGAGUUUUCUUCAGAGUAUUUUACAGAAACCUUGCUUUGUUACUUCUUCACGUUUUGUUGUUAGCAUUUAUUGUUUUGUUGCAAAAUAAACAUACUUCACUUGCUGAAAAUGGUGGAAAUUUAAUAAGCGCCCAGCCUCGAAUAAGCGCUCACCUUGAAUAAGCACCCCCUCUCAAGGUCCAAAAAUUUAAUAAGCGCCCAGGGCGGUGAAUCAAAUAAAUACGGUACAAAAGUAUCAACCUUUUGUUAGUAUUUUCUAUGAAACUUAAGUUUAUUUAGUUGACAUCCUUAUUAAGUGUUUUAGGGAUGUAUCCAUUGACAGAAAGUUGUAAAUCCCUAUAUAUUAACUGCAACAUUUUUUGUUCUCAGAAUAAAUCUCUUGGAAAGUCAUUAACCUUGAAGUCAGGACCAUUACCAGGUUCAUUCCUGUUUGGAACUCCUUCCUACCCUUCUCCCCUUGAUCGCAUUCGCCCAACAAAGAAGGACCGAGGUAUAGAACUUGGUUUAAGUACUGCACUUCAAGAUUCUCUGGACCUCAAUGCUACUUUCCCAAAAGUAUACAAAGCUAAAUCAAAACAGGACGAACAUCAAAUGGACUUAUUCAAGCCAAAACGAAACUUGGAUCAGAUCUCAAGUAAGAUGUGACGUACACAUAUUGUAUUUUAAAAACAUUCAUUUCCUUCAUUAGGUACAUGUACAGUACCACUCAUAAAGUAAGUUACCAGUUGCAUUUCGUUUCCUGCGAGAUGAGAAUCGCUUCACUCUCUACGCGAUUCUUGUCACGCGCUUUGAGACUCGCGUAGAAUCGCAUGAAUCAUUGAAGCGGCAAUUUUUGGCAUAAAUUAUUGACGACUCGUCCAGCGAGAAAUCAACUAAUUUUUUGCUUCGCGUUUGCCUUGAAGACUGAGGAAAAUGAGCGUUAGAUUUGGCGUUAAGUUUCUUUCGAAAAGCUUUCUUUUAGCUUGUCAUCAGCACACUCUUUAGUUUCGGGCUUCAUUUGCCAUCGGCAUUUGACACUGCACUUGUUCAUGACGUUUAGUUUGCCGAAACGUGAAAACCACUUCUAGCAUUCUUGAUUUUUUGAAAAAGCAAACCAACGUGAGAAGAACUAAAUAUACUACAAAUCGCUAUCGAUGAGCUUCUCCAUACUUACUAAUUUGCAUGUAGAUACUCUUUGUUUGUUUAUUCCCUUAAAAACAGGGCUUGAGGAUGCAGGUAAGUUAAGAAUGGUAUAAUUAUAAAGGUUAAUCAUGGCUUUGAAGUGUGGCCAGUGUAAUAGGGCAUUCUUGAGCUGAAGGUUAAUUCUAUUAAAUUAAACCCACCAAUAUUAAUAGCAUUGGUGUUGUGAUAAUUUAUUGUAGGUGGAUUAAUCUUUCUGUCAUAUGCUUUUGCAGGUGAUUCACUGCACAGCUUCAGUUAUUCUCCAGGUCAUUGCAGAGGUUCCUUUCUAGAGACUCUUCCUGACCCAAGAUUGACAGCAUCAUGGCAGUUUUACAACUUUGUCGGAGGAGCAGGGACUGGGGCUGUUUUUCCAACAACUGUCAGGAAUCCAGUAUGUAAUUUUGCUCUUGUUGUAUUUUAACACUGCUUUCUUAGAAAAUUAAUAGUGGAACCUCUAUUCACGGGACACCCUCAAGUGAAUAGAGGUUGGGCUGGGCUUUGAAAAUUAUUAACCAAUAAAACAAAUUUGAAUUUAUUUUGUCUCAGAAUCUGCUGUUAGUAGUCAUUAUUUCAAGCAGCUACACGUAGUUAAAAAAUAUUGACUCACUUAUCUCGGCAAUGGUGUGUGUAUAAGUCCCUCAAGUGUAGUACAUUGGUCAUAGUGAAAUAGUUCAUGUCAGUGACUUUAUCUUAGCAGCUUAUGGCCACAGCAAGUACAGUUGUAAUACCAUGUACAUGUUUUCACGUGCAUACAGUUCUCAAACUUAAAUCUUAUACGUUGUUAAUAUUUUCCUAGUCAGUCAACUGUUGCUUUGAGGGGACAAAUGUUUUAAUUUGCAGAUAAUUAUAUGUGUUUGUGUGUGACUUGCCAUCUUGUAAUUUAAACCCCCGCCCUUUAUAACUGUAACACCAUCAGAUACACGUGCAACUGCAGCAUCUGCUAAUUAAACGACAUUUUACUUUUUAUUAUAUAAACACCAAUGAAAUACCAGGUGAGCUUUCGUGCGAAAACUUGGUAUCUUCACAUGUGAAAAUAACAUGUUAUCUUCACAUUGUGAAAAUAUCACCAUUGCUAUGGUUACAUAAUAAAUCGCACCUUUCACACCAAAAAACUAUUAAAGUGAAGUGGUUUGGUAGUUCAUUGGGGUUUAUAUAAUAAAUAGAAUAUUACAUGGCCGCUUGGACAUACGAAAUUUCUCUUCUCGUGUUGAAAAAAUUUCACUCGUUUGCUGCGCUCACUCGUGAAUUAUUUUUCAACACUCGAAGAGAAAUUUCAUAUCUCCGUGCGGCCAUGUAAUAUCCUCUAUAUAAACAAACUCUGGUCAUCAGUGUUCUUUUAAUUUUAGCUGGUUUUCUUCUUUUUUCUAUUAUUUAAGGCUGGUUUUCACUAGCGACGGAGAGAAAAUCAAAAAUUGGAGUUGUAAGUGGAGUCAUAAGCGUAAUGGAAUCUGAGUCAGAAGAAUCAGAAAGUUUCCAUUUCUUCCGACUCCACAUACGACUUUGUGGCUUACAUUCUGCUUAUGAUCUAGUGAAAACCAGAUUGUCGGAGUUGGAAGCAGAAGCAGAAGGACUAAACCGGCAAUAAAAGCAGGGGAACUUACAUUGUGAUUGGUUUAUCCUUUCACUUGUACUUCUUACUCCCACAACCUGGUUUUCACUAGAUCAUAAGCCGAACGUACGCGACAGAGUCGUAAGCGGAAUCGGAACAAUGUUUUCACUAGAUCAAAAGCUCUAUGCUUCUGAUUACGACUCAGACUCUGACUCCGUUGCUAGUGAAAACCAGCCAGAAUUCAUAUAGGAUUCAUUGUAGGAUUCAUCUGUUGCGUAUUCUACAUGUACAGGCUCAGAGAUAAGCAAACAAUAGACAGUUAUCUCUGAGGACACUGUACAGUUGUACCUCAACUUGUAUGGGGGCUUCUUAAAAAGCUAUGAUCCAAUUCAUCUUGUCUGUCCGAGCAUUUCCAGUGAUUGGCUUUAAAACCCCAGACCUGACAUACGUGUAUGUACUUAGUGGUGUACAUGUAUGCCUUGUGCUUGAGUUUUGUGUUUUUUUGGCAGAACAAAGCAAUUGUGACAAUCAAUGCCAGGACAUCUGAAAUCUUAACAGCUAAUGAUAUGGCAGCAGAGUUGUUCAGUUACUCCAGACAGCAACUGAUUGGCAUAAAGAUGUCAGACUUGUUUGCUGACACUCACAAAGAAAAGCAAGAAGCCCUUGUAGAGCAGCAUAUUGAGGCCAGUGGGGCUGUUGUUAUGGUCAAUGGAAAAGUGGUAGGUUUGUUAAUGAUAUAAGGCAAGACAAGGUUUUUUCAGGAUAGUGUCACACCAGCAACAACUGAACAACAACAACUUUAUUUAUUGUAUUUCAAACUCUCUGUUACAAAAAUAAAUUCAUAUGCAGCCCAGAAGUAGCAAAGGCUAUUCAAGGGAAGCUUACAUGUACAUUUGUAUUGCUUUUCUUGAAUGGUACAGUGUUUAAAAUUCCUGCUUAAUGUGGCUAUAUGUAAUUUAAGCAAGGUUAACCUCAAAGCAAUGCUGGUCAGCAGUUUUUCCAGCUAUACUGGGGGUGGCCCAAUGCCUCUAGCACAAGCACCUUGUGACUUGUAUACGCAGUUGCUUGCUUGCAGUUCUUCGCAAAGUGUUGUUGCAAUAGCUUGCUGUUUGCAUGCCAUUUUGUGCUUUGGUUUUUCCUAUCCUUUCCUCCCUCUUAAGGUAAGGGACAGGUAAGUAUUCCACUGAAUUGUUCAGUGUGACGGUGUCUGUUGGGGGCCGCUCGCAGGGUUGCUAGAGCAUUGCCCGGCUCCACCAACUUUUUAGGCACCAGCGCCCAAGCUCAUCUAUCGGUGAUGAGUUUACUACACUAGUAAUAAUUAUUAUCAUAGGUACAGGUGUAUUAUGCAGUAUUAAUUAUUAUUAGGUGGGAAAUUGAAUACCUGGAGAGUUAUUCUUCCUUUGUUUCCUGUGAAUUAAAGUAUCAGGCCCGUGGGGGUCAUGCUUGUAAUAGCUGGGAGAAUCUCUGGCCACCAGCCCUUAGUGACAGCCCUGUUACCCAAAAAAUGUCCAAGCAAAGCAUACAAAACACACAGAUUGGUUAAAAAAUGUAAGUUACUUUUACUUGACAAUGUCAAGCCAGGAUAACUAAAUUAUUAUAGAAUAUUUAAAAUUUUGGAAAUGAUUAUUUAUUAUUUAACCACACCCUCCUUUCUGGGCUUAUUUCUCAUUUUUGGUUUGACCUCAGGAUUAACCCUUUAAGUGCCAAUAGUGACCAACAACAAUUUUCUCCUAACAAUAUCCAUACACUGUCAAGAGAUAAGUUAGGAGAAUUAAUAAAAUGAUCAUCAUAGAGAAAAAUUAAUGCUUUGAUCUUUUAUCAAAUUCUCUCAACUAAUUGUUAAGGGAGAUGUAUGGAGAUCAGUUUGGAGAAUUUGUAUGUGGAUAUUGGGGCUUAAAGGAUUAAUUACAGUCAUGUUCUCUUUGUUUCAGUUGGAGGCCGUUGAUGGUUGUGGUAUUGUGUUCCCUGUGUCUGUUUGGAUGAAGAAACUGACAUGGGAGGAUGAGCCACGAUGCAUUGCUGUCAUGGAACCAGUGGAGAGAAAAACCGCAAUGGUUCUUUUUGAUGUUAAGGUGAUUAGAUGCAUUCAUCAGACAGUGAAUUACGAUUUUCCACCUGAAAGUGUCUUGUUGAUUCCAUUGUCUGUUACUGAACUAGUUUACCAUAUUUUUUGGUAGGGCAGCAAAUAGUGGAAAACAUAUUUAAUACUUAUCUUGGCUAUUAGCAGUCCAUUUUUGAAACUUUUCUUUAUGGCUACCAUGGGCAACCAUAAUGUUAAUUGCUUUAACAUUUCGGAGACUUGAUUUAUCCCUGCAACAAAAACGUUCAAUAUAAAAAAUUGAUUCCAAAAAAAUCACUGGUGUUUUUACUGAUUGUUUCUUGGCGAAGUUUCCCCCCGAAAUUUCCCGUGAAAUCGGCCGAUUUUCCUAAGAAUUUGCCCCUGAAAAUCCUUCGAAAAUUGACUUUUUCCCGCUAAAAUCCCGCGAAAUGGGCCGAUUUUUCUCGAAUUUUGAACAAAAUCGUCCGAAAUCGGCCGAUUGUUCAUGUUCUGAUAAUCCCGCGACAGCUGUAAAGCCAGUUUCAACAUGAGUAUUGAGCAGUGGAGCAAGUCGCAAGAAACAAGCCGCUCCUGUCUUGUGUUUUCGCUCAACAGAGUCAGACUAAGAAAAAAGAGAAACUGCUUGUAGCCUAGAGCAAUGCAAAUGUUGGUAGGCAGGUUGCAUUUUUUUGUGAUAGUAAUAAGUGGUUGUCUUUCCAAUGACUUCAAGUGAAAUUAUUUUAAUGCACUAGACAAGCAGCAGCAACCCGUUGUCAGUCAGCGGUCAUUGUGUGGGCUCAAGUGCGGUCAACUUUGCUGGCAUCAUCUCCAUGUGCUUAGCAUGGCAUUUUCCUAGCGGCCUCUCUCUUCGUUUCGCCUUUGGAUCAUUCUUUUGCCCUCAGCCCUCAGCCCUCCCCCUUAAUUUUUCCACUGAUAAUUCAGGUUGACAGGUGCCUGGUUCCAUUGGCGAGAGGGUUCCGCUCAUGGCUGGAAGGCACAGGUUUGCCAGCCAUGGAAGCGUAACUCUGUCUGGGGGCUGGCUCUGUCAAGAGUGGAAGUCCCUGGACAGUCUGGGCACCCACCUCCACUAAGCAACACAGUUGUUAAAUGUGAUUUAAAAAAAUAAUCUUAAGUUUUAACCUUUUUUCAUUUCAAGCAUGUGAAGAAGCAGCGAGCUACUGGACGAACUCAAGAUGGGGCAACAUUUCCUCUCAGCAUCUCCCUUAAACCAAAAUAUGGCAAGGAUCUAAAGAAGCUGGAUCGUGAUAAAAGCUUUGCCGACAAUGAAUUGUUCUACAAGGGAAUGGUUUGGGUGUUUGCUAAUAUCAGUGGUCUGGUUACAUUUACUCCAGAAGGAGUCAUUCAUUCUUGUAAUCGUAACUUCUCACUUAUGCUGUUUGGCUAUCCAGAGAAAGAGUUGGUUGGCAAGGUAAUAACAAUGUUCAACUUUUAAAAUAAGUUUACGAAGAAUGUGUUGGCUUUUUGCACAAGAAAUAAACUCCAAGUGUCUGUAAACUCUUAAGCUACUGUUUAUCCAAAUGAUUCUGUAGCGGGGCUAAAAAAAACACCUUGACUUAAAGCGCGUUUCUUGGGCAAGCUGCCGUCACAUCUCGCUUGCCAAGGGCCACCUCUCACUCACCUUAAUCGAUGAUUUUGUUAGAGGAUGAUUUGCCUGUACCCUUCUGAUUGGGCAAGUAAGCUUUAAAAGUUACUUCUUCAACUUGUCCUGGACUACUGGACAGGACCUUUUUUCGAGCCCUGUGGAGUAGCAUACAAAAUUAUGUCGGCAUAAUUUAUACAGCUAUCGACAUGUGAAUGUUAAUGAUCUCUUUUGUUGAAAGCAGUUUAUACAGACUAUCUUUUUAUUUUCCUUUGUUUUUGGGUAUGGUAGAUGUAUGUAAGGUAUGGUAAUGAGUUUGAAACAACAACAACAACAACUAAUUAUAACCUCAGGACCAAGGGUGACCCCGGUUCUAGGAGAGUGUAGGAAGCAAUUAAUAGCACUGAAAACGUUUAUAAUAAUUAUAAUAAUAAUAAUAAUAAUAAUAAUAAUAAUAAUAAUAAUAAUAAUAAUAAUAAUGAUAAUAAUCAUAGUAAUAAAACUAAAGCUCAACAGAGGUAAAGAAAAGAAGAUUGUUUAACAUUACAAUGUACUGCAAAUGUUAAUUGCUUGUUAUCUUUUUGGACAGCAAAUGGUUGAUCUCAUUCCAAACUUUUAUGAUGACAUGGACGAUAUAGAUGACAGUAUGCCAUUACCACCUUUCGAUGAUGAUGACGAUGAUGAGUAUGAUGAUGAUGGCUUUUUCCUGGAAAAGGAACGGAAGAGCACAGUUAUAUAUUCACGUGAACUUGACUCUAAAGCUAGUGACUACAGCGGACUGCACGUGGGUUAGUAAAAAAGUAACGAUGUCAUUCACAUAAUAAUUUAUUGUUGUGUAGAUCGCAUCAGCCUGAAGUUGUGUUCCAUUUACUGUGAAGAAGAAUUACUUGUAAUUAUGUUAUACAUGUUUGUGUGUGCAAGUUCAUGGAACAGAGGGUUUCAUCCUUUUCAAAAUACCCACUCAUCCAUGUGCAUUGUAAUGAAGCUACUUAUACUAGCUCAUGUAAAAUUUUACGUACCACGUUUUUAUGUGUAGAUCUGUAGUAUUGUACAUAAAUAAUUAUGCUCACCUUAUCUGUUUGUGCGGGUUAAGAAAGUGCUUCAAUCCCUUAAUUUGAGAAGAGAGGGGAAAAAAGAACCACUUGAAGGUACAUGUAAAGGAAGCGCAUGAUCGCAUGCUACAUGUAUGUUUAUGGUGGAAGUGCACACCUUACAGCUCUAGCUAGAUAAGAUUGUAAGCAUUCCACUUGAUCUUUGUCUACAUUUAUUAUACAACUGUACUUAAUUGCUGGGUGAUAUUUGGUGGGCCAAAUGGGGCAAAUCCUGUUUUCUGAUUGGCUACCAGUGUGGGCAAGAAAGGCUCAUCUUGCCUGAUUAAAAUUUUCCGCGUUGGUCCCGCAAGAAAAAGUUCUCUUUUCGGCCAUUCAGUAAAUAUGUUUUUAUUGACUUCGACUUCGUCUCGGUUUAUAAAAACGCAAAAAAAAAGAAAAGAACUUGGCCAAUAGCCAGCCAUCUUGACCGAGCGCUUGGUCAAGAACAGAUUAACCAAAUUUAAAGUUAGUUAUAAUUAUACUGAUAUCAUUUUUUUUACCAGGUGUCAAAGACUUGGAUGGUUCUACAACCAGCUCUCUUAGCACCAGUACAGGACUUAGCAGUUCUCAUUCUACAGUGGACAGCGUCAGGAGCUGCAACAGAAGCGCAUGCAGAGAUCUGCAGUCCCCAUCAAUGAGUAACUCGCUACUUGACAAAGAAAGUAUGGUGGCCAACUUUGGCGAUAGCAAAGUUGGAAAUGACAUUAGUGAAUCAAGCGUUCGUUCCGGUACAUCAGAAUCUUUUACUCCGGGAAAUAACGCAGAGGAUAGUGGGAUAGAUGACAGGAGUGGUAGUAUAGAGAAGGUGCGGUUAGAGAUCGUAGAUGAUGGAAACGUAGUGAGGCAAGAAGUACCUGUUGCGGUGUCGUCUCCUGCCGAGGCAUCAACACCAAUUACAGAAAUUUAUAGAGGAGAAAAGCAGCCUGUAUCAUCCUCAUCGUUAAGUGAUGAGAAUGAAAAUGAACUGUGUUCAUACGAAGAAAAUGAGCUUGAAGAAGGCAAAACAGAAAUGGAUUCUUCUCACACUAGUAAGGAAGGAGGUAAAUUGCGUCCCCUUUGUUCAUUUUCCAUGUUUCACACACUCAUUGCAAGACUGGCACUACCAGUGUUUUCCACAGCCUCAACAUUGAGUGGGUGAUUUGAUCCUCGGCAGUAUUGAUAUAGCACUAAUGCUAGUUGGGCCGAGCAAAUGUCCCAAACUAAUGUGUGUUUUUUAUACCACCUACCUAGGAAACUGUAGCUCCCACGUAAGUCAACUGGCAUCUACGUCUUCAAUUCCUUGUCCAGCUAUCACAAUCAUCUCCUCUUCUUUUGCAUUAACUCAUUGUCUUUGUCGUUUUUAUCUUGAUCGUCAGUUGCCCUCGUCUGACUUCUUCCUCCAUUCUUGUUGUUUUAUCCUGAAUCUGCAGUUCGGUAAAGGAUUAUUAGCACUACAUGUGCAUUAUCUGCAAAGUCUAGGUCGUCUAGAAAAGCUCUUUAGUAGCGUCUAAAAAUAACCAUGAUAUCUCCUGUUUUAUUCAUAGAACAACAAGUCUCGAGUCCGCAGACAUCAGCCAACACAAGUGAAACCUAUUCACCAUCCAGCACCAGUGAAAACCACCCAACAUCAGACAGAUUGUUUUCAGAUUUACCUGGUCAAAGUGAAUCAGCUAGGAUAUCAGUCACGCCUCCAAAGGAGUAUAGUUUACACUUAGAGGGGAUCACCUCGACACCAAACUUAGUGACAAGUGUGCAACGCACGGAUGUAGCUUCACCAGUUCAACCCAUCUGCGAGGGAAGCUUUGUCGGACGAGCCAGGCACAAGGAUGGGUCACUUCUUGGAAUUGUUUUUCAGGUACCCUGCUCACGGUCGUAAAAUAAGAAGAAACAAAUUUUGGAAGAUUUAGACGUCGUGACUUGUCAGAUAAAUGUUUCCAAAAGAUUAAAAAUUUCGUGAAAAUUUUUGGGACGGCUGGGAUUAGGAUAAACGUUAAAUACCCCCCCCUCCCUCUCCAAAAAAAAAAAUACGCCUUUGUCCCCAUCAAAUUAGCUGCGAUAAUAGCUAAAGUGUAUGAUGGAAAAUGGAAAAAUUAAAACGUUCCCAACGUUUUCAUCGGUCUUAGCUUGCGAGCAAGCUCUGCUUUCAGGAGAUAUUAUAAGAGGUCACGCGUGAGUUACACGCGAAAGGAGACGCGAUGUGCCUGCUCAUUCGUAGCUCGCUUGGCUCUCCACUACAAAAAGACAGCUUGCUCAUAUGAUUGAUUUUUCUUGUUUGUUGUUGUUGUUUUAUUUUUGCAGUGCGGGGUGACCCAGGGUAGCUGAGGGUUUUUCUCGUAUGCAGCGAUUGAGUUCGUCGGAGAUGCUUCGGGGUCGGUCGGAUGCCGACACGUCUUCUAACUAGAAACCGCGCUUUUGUUUUAGAGGGGAGGCAUUUCUGAAGGAAAAAAGGAAGGAGAUUGAGUGGGUGGGAAGAAGAGAUGGGGACAGUUAAUGGGAUUUUGAUAUGAAUUCUUCCUCUUGUUUAUUUAUCGACAGGUGAAGAAAAUAGAACUGAAUGAUGGGCGUGUCCUGUACUGUGCCUGGAUAUCACGUGACCCAGAAGAGGAAGGGGAGGGAGGCCGCUCUAUGAGUAGUUUUGCGUUAGCAUCAAGUUUCAACAGCACGUCACCACUUGAUCACUCCGUUAGAAGUAUUGCCGAGGUGAGUGUCGAUAUCCUAGCAAUAUAUAUUUUUUUUUUUACAGUUUUCUGACUGCCCUGGUAUAUUUUAUUUCAGGGCUGGGUUGUUCAAAGCUGGGUUAAGAUAACCCAGGGUUAGUGCGAAAUUUGAAUUCGAUAUGACAGAUCCGUUUAAUUCUUUUCCUCUGCAAUUCGUUGGUUGAAUGCUUUGUAAAAAAUAGGGAAAAUUAUCUGAGAAAAUGCUUUUGAACAUCCAAAAAGAAACUCGGAUUAAACUUGAACCAGGUUAGCGCUAAUCGGCCUUCGAACAACUGGGCCCAAAUGUUAGACUGCUCGUAGUUUUUCUAUUUUUAUGUGGGUGAAUCUUUGGCUUAGUUGAGCCAUGUUAAUUGGCCAUUUCGGAGUUGCGGUAGGGAACUGGAGCGAGUUUCAAAUUUAAACUAAUCGAAAAACUGACACCAUGUAAAAAGGUCAUGUUGAGACUGGUUAUUUGACCGAGUUUCGUGCUCUAAAGUUGAACAGGGAUCAAGUUAUGACUCUUGAAACAUGGUUAAAGAUUCAUAGAAACGUCUGUAAUUUUGUGACUUUGCUUGUUUACGUCGUCCGUAAAACGCGAAUUUAGACAUUUUCACGUCGUAGUCGUGCAGAAACGGGAAAGAAAUGUACAAAAAAGUGUGAUGCACGUGCAAAGUUGUUGUUUUGCUUAUUAAAUUUAUUGUUUUUUGCUGUUCUUCGUUGCCGUCCGCGUCGUCCCAAUUUGUGCCAAACGGCAAACGUGAAUUUGUACCACGUGACCAAGUUUCACUCCAGUUUUAUCCAUGGGAAUUGUUCUGGACAGUUUUUAUCUGAUUAUUUUCUAUUCCGAGAAAUUCUCAACUUGAACCUGACGUUUGCCGUAAACGUGACUCUUAAUCUACGAUCUCUCUAACUGUUGUGUCUUUACUUCGACUUCAGUGAUGAUAACACAGUAUGUUACUCAAAGCGAUGCAUAGGAAGGUAAAAUACAAACAGUGGACCAAAAUUUUUAAUCCUGGAUUAGAGCUAAUCGGCCUUUCAGGAACCCGGGCCAGUACUUUCCGUAUUGUGCGCUAUAUAAUGUUGUUGUAACUUUAUGUAUUUUCUUGUAUUUGGCACCGGGUAGUUGUAUCUUCUGGGUUAAAUUCAUGCUGUAAUAAAGACAGUUGGUAAUGUUGUUAUUUAUCUAUUUAUCUCCCUAUUUUAACUGAUAAGCAAGUUUAGAGAAUAACAGAAAGCAUUUUUUGCACCCACAGCUAUCACAAUACUUAAAUGAAAGCAGUAUUCGAGAGGAGCCAUCGCCUGGGCGUGGUCGAUAUGAUGAGAGGUACAUCACCUUACAGUCAAUAGGCAAAGGAGCAUUUGGCUUUGUUAAAGUUGGCCAAAGAAGAUCUGAUGGGGUCAAGGUAACCAGAAACCAAAAACAAGUUUAUGUCUGUAUUUAUUUCUUUGAAUUAACGUUCAAGAAUGGUUAAGAGUGAAUGCAUGUAAAAAUCAAAGAAAAAUAAAAAAUUCGUGGCCAUGGUCAAAAAAUCGAUUCGGCUCAUUUUCUGCUUGUAGUUUGUACAUUAGGUAAACUGCAAACGCAUUGUUAGAUUUUUAAAAUGUGAGGCUGUGGCAGCUUCACAAGCUACUCGUGCGCAACACUUUUGUAUUCUUGUAAAAUUAAAGUAUUUUAAUUCGUAAUUUGAUUGAGUUGUUUUAUCCCAUGUUACCUCACAUCUGACAGGAUCAAGUUUGCUUUGCUGAUCUUGCAUUCAUCGUGUUUUUGCAUCAUAAAGAUUGACAAUCCUAUUUGAAUUCCGUUCUGAACUUUUCUCAUGUUGCAGUCUAACAGUUUUUCAAAGUGUUUAUAUCAAUGAAAAUAAUGAAUAUUAUAUUAAUGAAUUAUAUGGUUCCUAAUGUUGGGUUUUGUACCAAAAAAAGUAACUCAAAACCAACAACAACAAUAUUUUAUUUUCCUCAUUGAGUUUUACAACAGUGCACUGCACUGCACUUGGUUUCGGAGCAAAGAAAGAGUAGACUGAGGAACGGGAUUUAUCAUCCAUAGUUUAUAAAGUGGAAUUGUUAUGAAUUAAAUGGUUUUUAAGGCCGUAAGAGUUGUUUGUUAUAUUUGAAAAGUUGUCCCCAGAAAGUGGGGCUCCAACUAAGUUGAAUUGAGCUCAGUUUACAUACAGCCACUUGGCAUAAAAAGAUCCCGGUUGGAAAAAACGAGAUUCGGGAACCCAGCUAGCCCGCCCUCCCAUAUGAACAUGUGGAAAAUUUUACAAAAGUAUUCAUCUCAGAAAUCGGGGCAAUGAAGAGACCCUAAGUUGAGUUGUCUGACUAAUCUUUUGUCAGCUUUUGGUGGGGGUAAAAGAAGACUUAAAAUUUUUUUUGGAAAAUUCCUGCAGAUAACUAUGGCAGUUUUUACUGGAAAAUUUGAUAGUAAUAAGCGAUGGAAACGUCUGGUGGAAUCUGAAGGAAGUGAGAAAAAUUAAUGCGGGUUUGUUCUGGGUUUGUUCGAGAUUUCGGAGCUUUUUAGCGCUUUACUUCGUUUACAUGCAUUGAAACUGAAUUUUAAGCAGAUUUUUGUCAUUUCUGUCUUUAUAGAUUCCGAAUAAUAUUUAACUGCGCGCUCACGUACAAGUUGUUGCUUUUUGUAAUUUUCUGCAACGCAACUGUUGUUUGAACUCAGAAGUGUGAAGAUCCCAGAGAAAUAAGACAAGAUGUACAAAAAGCUAUCCAUUCAGGUUACCUGAAUGAAGUUUGGUUAAUUUUGAGACACACACUUCCACAUGUAUUUUUCGUGAUCUGCUCGGAACCAACGGCAUGUUUCGCAUGAUGUUCCUACGUCCGAAAAUGCUGUUUACGAGUCCGCUGUUAAUUAAAAAGUAUAAAGCCACAGUUACUGCUAUUUUAAAAAAGAGGAAGACCUUGUGCACAUAACUAUAGCUCGAAAAGUCUGAGUUUAAUUUUUGGGUCCGAAUAAAUAUUUCCUGAACACCCUGUAUUUCCACGUUUGAAACCAGUGAAAUUUUACCUUUUUAGGUCGAGACGGUUUUUUUUAUUGUUUGCAGCCGUUUAAAAGAAUAUUUUCAAAACCUAACCUUAUUUUAGUUCAUUACACACCUUAGCCUUACUUCACUCAAAAAGAGAGCGAAAGCGAUUUUUGACCGUGGCCGCGAUGCGUCGAUUUUUAUUUUUUAUUUUUACAGACAUUCACUCUUAAACUGAAACCGCUGAUUAAAUGUAGGGUUAACAUGGACUAGAAUACAAGUUUCGAGAAGGAUUGGGAGUCGUGUAAAAGUUCAAAGGAAACCUUUGGCUUGGUGAAGUCACUGAAAUGUCAGGGUCGUCUAUUCUCUGAACGACAUAGUGUCCUUAAUUGAGUUUACAACUCGAAAUCGCGCAGAAAUCGCGGGAACGGCAACGAGCUCAAAAACUACGGCUGGCAAAAACAUUGAUUUUGUGGUAUGCGAUAGUUCUACACAAUAGGAUUUUAUUCACUAACUCUAGAUUUGUGUACUUAAAGAUAAUACCGUGUUAGAGUACUACUGAAGAGGUUAUAAUUGAAAAGUCAUACCGUACUAGUAGGUUGACUGUUGGUUCGAAGUGUGACAAAAGAGAGACGCCAGUGUUUUGCCUGUCGCAAAAAAAUCAAACUCGUAUUUUAUCUUUAUUUUGUCCAUGUGCAGGUUAUUGUGAAGUUUAUCAGAAAAGCCAAGAUACUCGCUGACUGUUGGGUGGAAGAUCCGGUUCUAGGCUCUGUUCCGUUAGAAAUUGCUCUCCUGGCAAGCCUCAAGCACCCGAACAUCGUUAAGGUGAACACUAUAAUUGGUACAAUGGAAUUUCUUAGCUACUUUUAAACUUCUGACCAGUAUUUUUGAAACUCAAUAGAAAUUAACGCCUCAUGGGAGUUUUGCAUGGCUUGGAGAUUCCGGGAGAAAAACCAGAAUAUCUACAUUAUGUGACUGUGGUGUAAUGAUUUUUCGGUUUUCAGCGUUUUUCCAUGGGAGACUUUCGUGAUUCCCCAAUAAUUUUUGCUUCAAUCGUUUAACUUUCACAACAAGCGUUUUUUGAGGAGCAAGAAGCGCUACAAGAUUUUUCUUCCUUUCUACGCUUGUUUAUACGUAUGUUACUUUAGAUUGAUCAAGCGGGGAGAUGGAAAUAACAGAGUAACAGGCCAUUUUUAAUGUAAUGCACUUGAACUAAACUCUCUAAAUCCGCCAAAAUCCGUAAGCGUUCUAGUGGCUGUGAUCAACUGCUAAAUCAGCGCACUCAAGUAUUCUUCUAAUUCAGCAAAUGUACCGUAAAUUUCCGAAAAAUAAGCCGCUCCUUGUAUAAGCCCCUCCAAAUAUAAGCCCCCUGGGGGUCUUGUACUUGGAAAUUGCCCUCAAAUACAAAGUAAAACAAAGCAAAAACGGUAAAUUUCCUGCCAGCUAUAAGCUAGCCAAUCGAUUUUGAAAUGCAAAUUUCCCUCCGUACAUAAGCCCCUCCGAAUAUAAGCCCCUCCAAAAAUAAGCCCCUCAAAGAGGGCGUUUGAAAAUAUUUAAGCCCCGGGGCUUAUUUCCGGAAUGUUACAGUAAUCUAUUAACAAUUUAAAAAGACAGUAAACAACAAAUUGUUGUCAUUGAUUUACUGUAGCUCUGCCAUUGAUUUUCCCAUGUGUAAUUAUGAUAAUAUUUUGUUCUAAUUAUCUCAGGCAAAUGUUGCGGAUGUCUGAGCAGGAACAAUAACCAGGAAAGGGAUAUACCCCGGAGAUUUCUUGAUUGGCACUAAAUUGACGUCAUUUUUCACUUAUUUGCAUUUUCACGAUCGACGUUUUUGAAUGGGCGCGUUUCUGUAAUGCUAACUGAGGGAGCCCAUUCCUUAUAAGCCCGGUGGCUUCUCUUGGGCUUCCUCGCCAUGAGAGUUUAAGUAAUUAUAUUUUAUUUGAUUUGUACAAUUUUUGGCAAACAAAACAAUAAACAAUAAACAAAUAAUUGUUUUGUAGAUGUUAGAGGCUUUUGAAAAUGAAGAGUUCUUUCAAAUGGUGAUGGAGAAGCACGGAAGCGGAAUGGAUCUAUUUGAGUUUAUUGACAGACAACCAGCAACGGACGAAGCUCUGUGUAGUUAUUUAUUUAGACAGGUAAAACUCUUGUUCUCUAAAGAGCAAAGCUGUUUCUUCUGAGAGAGUGUGGAAUAUAACCUAUAAAGAGACCAUUAGGUUAAUAACUAAGAGCGCCUUCAGUGCUAGUGGUACCCGGUCGGUUGGUAUACGCAUGCCCGGUAGUUCGCCACAUCUUCCAAGUUUGGGGAGCAAGGGUGGCGCAGUGGUGAGAGCACUCGCCUCCCACCAAUGUGGCCCGGGUUCAAAUCCCGGCGUCGACGCCAUAUGUGGGUUGAGUUUGUUGUUGGUUCUCUCCCUUGCUCCGAGAGGUUUUUCUCCGGGUACUCCGGUUUUCCUCUCUCCUCAAAAACCAACAUUUCCAAAUUCCAAUUCGACCAGGAAUCAGGUAGACGAAGAACCACUAUGUGGAUGUGCUACCUGCAAAUCGUUAUUUAUUUUUAUUUAUUUAUUAUUUAUUUUACUGGGUUGCGCGUUUUAGUUUCCUUCGUGCCUAGCGUUUUCCUGUUACGAGGUGUCUUUCAGCCAGUUUCCCCGUCCCCCUCCCCUCCCUGUUGUUCUUUCUUCCCCGAUGUUUUUUGUUUCAGUGUGACGUCACAGGUGCCAGUGUUUUGUUUCCUUUUCUGUGGAAGCCCAUGGCUGGGUUGUGCCAUUGUGCAAGCCAUGGGGGCGUCGUUCAAUCUACGGGCUGGCUGCCAAAAGUGGAAGUCCCUGCUGGAUCCUCUAGGCACCCAACUUCCAUCCAGCAAUACCGUUGUUAAUCUUUGUUUAAUUUUUCUCUUAGGUUGUUUCUGCCGUGUCAUUUCUUCACAGCAAAAGAAUACUCCAUCGUGAUGUUAAGGUAGGACUCGAGGGCCUCUGAAGGUGUCCACACACUUACACGUUUAGAGAUUGAUCCCUUACAAAAAGUAUGCGUUUGGAAAAAACUGUCUCGUCCGUUAAUCCCCCUGAAAAACAUGACGUAAUUUCAGCGUGUAAACUGGAGCAAGCGAGGGGUAUCCGAAUAGGUUACUAAGAAGAAAAACUAAACGUUCGCAAGCUUUGAACGCGAGUUACUUGUUUCAAACCCAAUUUCUAGUGUGACAGGUGUAAAUGGGAAAGAAAAAGGAUUUUCUAAGCACAGCCGCCGUGAGUAUCGCUGGUGUUCCUUGCAUGAUAGCGCAGCACCAUGGGUAAGAAAAUGUGGUAAUCUAUGCAUCCAAGAAAUUUUGGUUCUGACAAAAUCGUCGUACCUACGCUGAGGUGAAAUUUCGCAUUUCAGGCACCCCGCACGUUUCGGCGGUAAAUUGCAUGGCCACCCGCAUUUUUCAAAAGAAAAAAAUGCAACAACAAAGCUGAGUUUUUCUUUCGACUAAUUUUAACGUCAACAUUAACAUGGAAAACAGAGAAAGAGCUAAAGCUAGCCUGCGUAGCUGGCGGUAUUGUGUAGCAGUCGAGUGAGAUUUGGGGGCGAAGCCGUUACGAGCGGCGUAAGCCGCGAGAAAUAGAAAUUCAAACGCCUCGUCCCCACUCCCUUUUUUGGAUCACGGUUCCGCCGCCAAAACUUUAAUCGCGCACCGAGGCAAUACCGCCAGCCACGCAGGUUAAGCUAGAGCGAGAAAUAAGGAACAACAAAAAAAAACGUGAGAAUUUUAUAGCGGAGGUGAGAAAAUGAGAAAUGCUUGCAGCCACCAAGGUGAAAAUGAGCGGCAGUGAAAAAAAGUGAACAGGAACACAUACAACAUUGCCUCCAUAAAACGUGUAACUAGGAAGUUUCUGGACGUUUCACGUUCUAGUCGUUCAAAACAACAGCAAAGAAAUGUUUAAAGAAAAGAAAAGAGAGACAAACUGCGACCCCUCAGCCGUGUAAACCUUACCACACCUCCACAGUUCGCUUUAGCCUGGUACUCAGUCUUUCUUGCAUCGUUUUUUUUUGGAUGUCACGCAACGCAACGCUUUUGCGUGACAUCCAAAAAACGGCUGCGAGGGAGACUAAGUACCAGGCUAAAUCGACAAACUACGGAAGUGGAAGCUAUUCACAUUAACAUAGUUAUUAAAGUGGAAUGUUCAUGAAACCCGUUAGACUCUUUUGUUAUAUGUUUUUGUUAGCUUUUUUGGACCUGCUCGCGCACAACGUUCAAUAGCAUUUCUAUCAUUUUGAACUUACUGACCAAUAGAAAAAUCGCAUUCAUUUGUUCAGUCAUAAUUUGUGCGGAACAAAGAACAAAGGAUUGUGCACGGUCAGGGAGCUUCCAACAUAAACUACAGUACCGUUGUUUUCAACAUUGAUAUUUGCCAGCUUUCCUAACCAGUCUCCUCUACAAACUAUGGUAUUAAUCAUCUUCCUUUUUUUACCUACAAAAGGAUGAAAACAUUAUUUUGGAUGACAAGUUUCACAUCAAGUUGAUCGACUUUGGCUCAGCAGCCUACAUGGAGGAAGGGAAGAAGUUUAGCACCUUUUGCGGAACAAUGGAAUACUGUUCGCCUGAGGUCUUGAUGGGAAACAGGUACAUUACUUGAAUUAUUGAUGAUGAAGAUGAUGAUGAUGUGAAGCAUGCUCAGGACUAUAAUGUUGUGGAGUAAUUUCUUUUUCAAACAGACAUGUCGCUAUCUUCUGGGGGCAGUCAAAUUAAUUUGUCAUUAAAAUAAAAUUAAUCGUGCGAAAUUUUUCAGCUAUGCAGGGCCCGAGUUGGAAUUGUGGUCAAUGGGAGUUACAUUAUAUACUUUAGUGUUUGGCGAGAAUCCUUUUUACGAUGUUGAAGAGACGAUCAGAGCUGAAUUACAUCCUCCUUUUGCUGUUUCAAAUGGUAAGAUUUCAUGCUGAACCUUGUAAAAGUUUCCAUUGCAGUCUACCUACACGAACUAGGGGUCCUUUGUUCAAAGAUUUCAGCUUAUUCAGUUCAGAGCUAGACUGAGGACAGACGACUCCUAUUUCUUUCUUUUUCUUUCUUUUUUUAUGGGAGACGUCUGGACGCAGGCUAUUCGCCACUUUAAAAACGAUGGAGGAAACUGGGCUGCCCACCUACCCCUCCCCUUAAGCCAACAUUUUGCCCUAAGUAAGAAGUAAUUGUUAAUAUUGGCUUAGGGGAGGGGUAGGUGGGCACUGUUCCAGAAACGUAUAAUGGUCCAGAAACGAAGCAAAGUUAACUUCAGUUCGCAAGGUUUUCUGGGACAGUUACUGGGGACAUGGUAAUGAUUUGAAUUCAGUUGCAAGAAUAUGAGUAGUUGACGCAGAUAUACUUUUUUGAGUGUUGUAAUUGUAAGCUGGCGUUUCUUGUUCAACAGAUCUCAUGUUUAUCAUCUGUUGGCUUCUGCAUCCUGAUCCUCGUUGGCGAGCAACAAUGAAAGACUUAGAAGAAAAUGAAUGGAUCAACCAGCCUGUUGAUGUAUUUAAGUAUUCCUUUGAUGCUGUCAUAGGUCAGUUGAGUUCCCAAAAUUAAUAGGAGGGAUAUCUAGACUAUGAACAAUCCCUCUGCCCUCGCGUUUUGCGCUUACAAAAAAAGGAAGAGCUCCUAAAAACUCACUCAAUUUGAAAAAACGUGAUAAAAAUUAACAGAAUACGAAUUUACUUUCAGCAGUAACGUUCUCUAUUCCAUCUUCUUUGUGGCUGAUUAAGGUCAAAUAAAGAUGUGUGUAGGCACCCGUGUUGGAUGAUGUUUGGCCAACAGUGCUGGAGUAUGUUGGACCAAAAAUGCUGGAUAAUUGGACCAGCAGUGUUGGAUGCUAGACCAACAAUGUUGGUCGCACUUUUAAUUUUGGACUAAUGAUGUUGGACCAACAAUUAUGUGCGAUGUUUGAUCAAAAAUAUGCUGUUGGGCCAACAACGUUGGAUGAUGUUGUUUGUCCAACAGUGCCGGAUGGUGUUGGACCAUUAAUUUUGGACCAACUUGUUGAACCUGUUUAAACGUCCUCUUAAGCUUUAUGAUUUUCGUUUAGCUAUUCAUUUUUUUUUCCAGGAGACCAACUUGAUGGUUUACAGUUCCACUUUCCCGAAGCUGGUCUAAAUGGCAGUCAAAGCGAUGGAAACAUCACGCAAGAUGAAAUCAUCGACCAUGGUAACCAUGACGACGAAGAUAACCUCCAACUGUCGGCUCUUCAGGAAUAUAUUAACAUGAUUGACGACGAUGGAGAGGAAAGUGGGGAGGACACGUGACAAAUUCAAUGAAGAAUUUUAAUUUAUUUAUGCCCCUGGGUCCGGUUCCUGAAAGGCCGAUUAGCACUUAUCCUGGAUUAAGUUUUGUUCCAGUCUCUGUAUUCACCUUCCAAUGCAUCGCUUAGAGUAACAUGUUGUGUUAUCAUCACUGUAUCUCAGAGUAAAGGCUCAACAACAUCUGUAAACUUGAGUUACAUGUUCUUAGCCAAGAAAACCGUGCUUACAAUCCAGUUGGCUUAAUCUUCGGCUAAACUUAACCGUCUUUCGAGGAACCGUGCCCUGGAUAUAACUAUAAUUAUUGUAAAUUUUUCUGACCAGAAUCAAUUUAGUUGUUUUUAAGACUUGAAAGUUUUGAUAAUUUAUUGUUAUCUGGUUGUAUUAGUUCCAUCCUCUGUUAUUUUGAGUUAUUUCUAACCUACUGGCUUCAGUUCAGUGUGCAAAGAAAGUGGUGUCCGAUAGCCUGGGGCU